GUCCUAAAACAGGUUUGCAUUACACACUCGGGUGGGGUUGUUAUCUACUAUCCACACCACACCCUCUGACACUCUCUCUUUGCGGAAUAAAGAAGAACAGGACGCCGUACAAUCGGUCAAACUUCACCUCUCCUUCGUCCUUGCUCUUCUCUCUGCUGCACGCGCUCUAAUCGUCGGUCAUGUUCCGCUGUGGGAUCGCCUACCCCCGGUGCAGGUGGAUCGUGCCUCUGCUGUUGCUCUUCGCCAUUAUUUUUGACAUUAUCGCCAUCGCGGCCACGUCAGGAUGGGUGGAGGACGAGGACGCCAAGUCUGAUUACGCCAGUAUGUGGGAGCGGUGCCGAGGCAGGAACAAUGACUGGAACUGCUCGUCUCUCAUGGGGCACCCUUGGGCUCAGGCGGUGGCUGCUCUGAUGAUCAUCGGCCUCCUCAUCCUCAUUGUUGCCUUCAUCCUCUCCUGUGUGGCUCUGUGCUGCAAGCUCAACAUCGGUAUGCUGCCCGCCAUCGGAGUAAUGCUGAUCAUUGUCGUUGUCAUCCAGAUCAUUGCCUUGAUAAUCUACCCAGUCGAAUUCAACAAGCUGAUCUUCGAGGGUAACUACUACUACACCUGGGCCUACGGCUUUGGCUGGGGCGCCACCAUCCUCUGCAUCGGCUGCGCUGUCCUCUUCUGCUGCUUGCCGCGCUACGAGGACGAGCUGACUGGCAUGGCCAAGACCAAAUACAUCUACUCCUCCGCUUAAAGACGAAAACCUACACACACAUCCAGUUCCAACCCUGUUCCAGUUGUCACUCUGAGCAGGAUCUGUGCUAGCCAUUGAACAUUUUUUCCUGUGCACCGUUUCACCAAAGAUUCAGGAGUGGAGUUAGAUUUAAGAGUGAUUCACUAGGAAGUGGACUUUGAUUGGAUGUUGCAUCUGCUUUAAUAAAACAACCUUUAUUCUAGGUUAAGUCAGCUCCAUAAAAAUAGUUUUUCCAUCUUAUUUUCACAUUCAUUGAGAUAUUCCUCAUUUUAUCUGAAUUUUUUUUAACUGAUGCAAGAUCACCCAAGUGCACUUAACACACAGGAUGUAAUCAAGUGUAAAGCUUUGCUUUAGCCUUUUAUUUUUCCACUCCUUACAAAUUUAAGAUUGAAACUUUUAUAUGAGAUGCAAAAGAGAUGUCUGUCUUUUGGUUUGUUGUUCUUUGUGUUUUUAAUAAUUUUUUUCAUCCUUCAGUGUGUCUUUUAUUGCUUGCAUGAGGUAAGAAGGAAGCUAAGGCUUGAACCAAGAAACUGAAUGUAAUCUAACUACGUCUGAAUUGUACAUGUAGUUUAAGAGAUGUGUUUGCACCUUUUUUAUGCAUUUUAAAAAAACUAACUUGCGUUUUGUUUCCAGAAGUCUGUUUUUUAAAUUUAUCUGUUUUAUCAAAAGGGGAAUAAGUGUGGGAGUUUGCUUUGCUGUCUUUGCAUAGAGGCUGAAUUUUAAUUGACAAAAAAGUGGCUUUUUGAUUGACAUUAUAGACUCAAGUGUCUAAAAAAAUUUAGAAAUCAACAGCAAUCAUGCAAAAAAACCAUCCAACCCACACAAGCCUUCUUGAUUAGCAUUAUUUUGGUUCAGAGGGAACUGUGUAAAUGUAUUCUGUUUUUUUCCCAUGUCAAAGACGUUUUAUUUCCAGAGUAUUCAGAAAGAUUAAAUACUCAGAGGUGUUUAAUUGAUGGACCAAUCAUGUAUUUUUUAGAAACCUUCCUAAGUUUAUGAAAAAUAUUCCUUUGCAGACCAUCUGCCGGUUUGAUGAGACGCAGAGACCGAUAUUCUGACAUACUGUGUGAUUAACCUGUGCCUUAGUUUCUACGGUGUUGUGUUGCUCAAUCUUUAGCGUCAUAUCCAACUGGCAGUUCUGGUUUUACUGACUCAUGUUUAAUUCCAGGCAUCAGUUGUAUCUCUGCAAAAGCUGCACCUACAUUCAUGUUCAGACAAGACUAAUUAAUUUUUAUAAUGCAUGAAAGAAUUUUGAGGAAACAUUUAUGAGGUGAAUUUAAAAAACUGGCAAGCCAGCGUCCAAUUUAUCGUCCAACCUGGGAAGUUUCUAGUUGUUUCCCACAAAAAGUGCUGCACAAGUGACUACUACGAUUUUCUUAAUUAUGUAGUAAGGCAUUUUUAUGUGUAGAAGCUUAACAUUUUGCUUUUGAUACCAGCAUUUUAUUCAUUAUUCACUGUAAGGGUAAAAACUGUGCUGUAGAGGAUUUUUUGGAUAACACUCAACCACUUCUAGAAAUCUGCUGUUCCUCUGCUGUAGUAUAAAUUGAAUAUUUUUGGAAGUCUUGUGUAUUUUUAUCAAUAAAAGUUUUGUUUUCUGAA